CGUCUGUGCGCCUCCGUGCCUCGGCCUGUGCAUGCGCGUGUGGCCCGGGUACGUUCCAUCUGUCAGCGCUAUCCAAGCUCUCCACUCCACUCCGACGCGCACAGCCAAAAACUGCAUUCACCGCUACUUUUCGAACAGGUAACUUGUCUACAUAGCUCUUUGCACUAGGAGGAGAGCCAGAAUGAUUGUGGCAACCUUGAAGAACAUUGGGAAGCAGCUGCUGCGUGUGAAGGUGGUGGACUGCAACGCGGAGGAGUCGCGGCUCUCCCGAUGCCUCAACACGUUUGACCUGGUGGCCCUGGGCGUGGGCAGUACCCUGGGGGCAGGGGUGUAUGUGUUGGCAGGAGCAGUGGCCCGGGACAGCUCUGGACCUGCCAUUGUCCUGUCCUUCCUCAUUGCCGCUCUGGCCUCUGUGCUGGCCGGACUGUGCUAUGCAGAGUUCGGAGCACGAGUCCCCAAAACGGGCUCGGCGUAUCUGUACAGCUAUGUGACUGUGGGAGAGUUGUGGGCCUUCAUCACUGGCUGGAACCUCAUCCUCUCCUAUGUGAUUGGCACCUCCAGCGUGGCGCGGGCCUGGAGUGCCACGUUCGAUAAGCUGAUUGGACAUCACAUUGAGGAGUUCUUCAGACAGCACAUGAGCAUGAACCAUCCAGGAGUGUUAGCAGAGUACCCCGACAUGUUUGCUGUCUUCAUCAUCCUUGGACUAACAGGGCUGCUUGCAUUCGGAGUGAAGGAGUCGGCCUUGGUAAACAAAGUCUUCACCUGUGUCAACGUGCUGGUGCUGCUGUUUGUCAUUAUCUCAGGCCUGGUGAAAGGAGACCUGAAAAACUGGAAGAUCAACCCUGAAGAAAUUCUCAAUGGUACCAACCACAACUUCAGCUCAAAUAUUUCCAGCGUGGUAGCCACAGAGAAGAACCUGGGCCAGGGUGGCUUCAUGCCUUUUGGUCUACAGGGAGUGUUGUCUGGAGCUGCCACUUGCUUCUACGCCUUUGUGGGCUUUGACUGCAUAGCUACCACAGGGGAAGAGGUGAAGAACCCUCAGAGGGCCAUUCCCAUUGGGAUAGUGGCCUCUCUCCUCAUCUGCUUUGUGGCUUAUUUUGGCGUAUCUGCUGCCCUCACCGUGAUGAUGCCCUACUAUAUGCUGGACAAGAACAGCCCUCUUCCCGUCGCCUUCAAAUAUGUGGGCUGGGAGGGGGCUACAUAUGCUGUCGCCAUUGGCUCUCUGUGCGCACUGUCCACCAGUCUACUAGGCUCUAUGUUCCCAAUGCCCCGCGUGAUCUGGGCCAUGGCAGAGGAUGGCCUGCUCUUCAAAUGUCUGGCUAAAAUCAGCCCACGCACCAAAACCCCCCUAACAGCCACAGUGGCAUCUGGUGUGGUGGCAGCGGUGAUGGCUUUCCUAUUUGACCUGAAGGACCUGGUGGACCUGAUGUCCAUUGGCACUCUGCUGGCAUACACACUGGUGGCUGCCUGUGUGCUGGUACUCAGGUACCAACCCGAGCAGCCCAGUUUGGCAUACGAAAUGGCCAGUACGCAGGAGGACGAGGCGGACGGAGCGGAGUCUGUGAUGGAGAGCACAACAAACAUGUUGCCUAGCGACGGCCUCACACUCAAGAACCUGCUCUCCCCUCCCAACCACGAGCCUUCCCGCCAGUCCGGAUCUGUGGUCAACAUCUGCACCAGUCUGCUAGGCGUAUUGGUGUGCAUCUUUGGGAUUGUGGCAGUUCAAGGAGGAGUAGCUCACUGGUCUCUGGCUCUCCUUUGCACCAUCUUCAUCAUCUGCUUCAUCAUCACUUUCAUUGUCUGGAGGCAGCCACAGAGCAAAGCAAAAGUGUCCUUCAAGGUGCCACUACUGCCGAUUGUGCCAGUAGCUAGUAUGUUCAUUAAUGUGUACCUCAUGAUGCAGCUGGACAAAGGGACAUGGAUACGCUUUGCUAUAUGGAUGGCCAUAGGUUUAGUGAUCUACUUUGGCUAUGGCCUUCGGAACAGCACUGAAGCAGCGCUGUCCAAGUCGGACUCAUUUGGACUGUCCAGUGCAAUAACAGGAGAGCCCAUGUCCACAGAGAAGGAGGUCUUUCUGCAUGACUCCCCCACUGGCCCUGGAGAGGACGAUGAUGAGUCAUAAUCAAUGAUAUCAACGGCACAAAUAUCAUAUUGGUCACAAAUUUUCUAUGAACAAAUAAGUAACUUGAAUGUUCCCCUCAUACCUAUAGGUAGCAUUUCAUUUUUGCACUUUUUCAAAUUGGACUAUAUGAACAAAAGCACACUUUUUAUACAAUGUGUUAUUUAUUGUCAGAGGUUAUUUUGAAUUCCUUACCCACAGCUGUCUUGGGCGUCUUUGUAUUUGGUCCAUGUAUUUCGGUUUUAGUAGUUCCUAAAGCCAUAUUUAAAAAUAUUUUAGCUUCAUUUGUGCUGAGGUUCUGUAUCCAAGAGUAUUUUUUAUGAUCACUUUCAUGAGAGUGUAUAUCCCUUAUGUAGUCUGUUUUCUUUAGCUAGCAUACAUUUGAACUUGUGUUAUUGAUGUGUGGAUACUGCACAGUAUUUUAACUUCCCAAACAUUGGAUCACUGCCAUGGAUCUAUUAAAAUAAUUGUAUAGGGUAUUGCUAGCUUUGACCUGUCUCAAGUACAACGAAAAAAUCCCCCCUGCCCAAAAAGGAUUUUUUUCAUAGGUUAGUGCGGUCACGUGGUAUGACAUGAAUGAGCAUGUGAGCGAUGUGAAUGAGUCGCGAAUAAGCCACAGGUUUAAAACACUGUUCAGCAGCUCCUGGAAGCAUAAACUUUAUCAUUUGUAGUUUAUUUAUUAUUCCCUUUUCUGCUUCAUGCUCGCUCUGCUCUGCUCGCUCUCGUCGUGCAAAGUUUUAUGGGAGUAGCUCAACUACGCACUGUCCGUGGGCAGGACCAGAUGUAUCUAUUCGCUAAAGGCUAAAAUCGUGACAUGCGCCAUUGACUUCAUUGGAGGGCCAUGUUUAGACCCCGGGGCUUGGCCACAGUUAACUGACAAAAUGGCAGCUUUUCUUCACUGAUAUUACCCAGAUAUUUUACAAAAUAUUUAAACUAAUAUAUGACAUUACCUAAUACUGACAAUUUAGAGCUCGUACUGCUGUACUAGAUACUAGACAAUAGACAUUGUAUUCUGGAUGUAAUAUGACCUUAUCAGGGGAGCUCAUGGUACUCUCAUUGUGCUUUCCCUGUAUAAAUAAAAAUAAAUGAAAAUAAAUAUGUUAAGAUUAGGCAUUCAAAGAAUGCAGAACCUGAUACACGGAUGCAUUUCUGCCAUGCAGGUUUUCUGUUAUGUUGAACCAUUUUGAACCAAAGAAAAUGAGCUGCUUUUCUACAGAAAACCUUUAUUUAAGUGUCAAGUGCCUGAAGCAGAAUGAGAAUCUAUCUGUCUCUUCUAUCUAUCUCAUCUGGUGCAGUAUUUAUAUAUGAUACAGUACGCUGUAAUGUCUUUAAUGCAUUGUUUGUAGGUAUGCUUCGCGAAAUAUGCAUGCCAUCAAACUAGCUUUGCCAUUGUCUGAUUCAAUUAAUUUUCUUCUCAGAAUAUAACAAUAGUGGAAGUGCUCAUUACAUUGUAGAAUAAAACAGAACUGGUCUAGAGUAAUGAAUCAUUCAUGUAAAUGCAGAUGAAAUAUUAUGUUUUUAUUCUUUUAAAAAAUAUAUGAUUUUUAAAAUUUGUUUUUAUUUUGUUUUUUUGUGCACAUCUGCAGCUUCCUGUAAAUAGAUUUUAUUUGCUUAGUGAUAACUGUGGUUGUGGAUGGAAAUAGGUGGCCACAAUUAAAGUUUAAGCCUAGGCCUACAGAAGAUCUUAAUGCAGUCUGGUGUUUUUAAAGUUUGUUACUGACUUUCUGCUGUUAUUGGAGCUGAUGACAUUUUCUGCUGUAAAAAUGUGUCGAUUGUUUGUUGUUGUUUUUUUAAUGGGACCCAAUAGUCAUAAUUAUUGACUGUGACUUUUAAAAAUAACAUUGGGCAAUGGUUUUAAGUUUACUCACAAAAUUACAAGGCCAGCUGAGAAUCACACCUUUGUUAUGUUUGCUACACUUCUAUAUAUCAUGCUUUAGAUUGGAUUUCCAAAUACUUGUCAGCUUGUUUCUGUUGAUAUAAAUGCCAUUGUAAAUAAACCUCUUGUGUCAU